AUGGCUUCACAUAAUAUUUUCCCAAUCGACAGCACUAUUAAAUAUUUUGCGUUAGAUUGUGAGAUGGUUGGUACUGGUGAAAGAGGCCUUAAAUCAGCGCUCGCGCGUGUAAGCAUAGUCGAUUUCUAUGGAGAUGUCGUUUUAGAUGAAUACGUAAAACCAGAACAACUUAUAACUGAUUAUCGUACAAAAUAUAGUGGAAUUACCAAAGAUUCGCUAGAGAAUGCAAGAUGUCUAAAUUCUGUGAAAAAACAAGUCGCCGACAUAAUCAAAGGCAAUAUUGUCAUUGGACAUUCUAUUCACAUAGACUUUGAUGUGUUACAACUCUCUCAUCCGGCUGAAUUGACACGUGACAUAUCUAUUUACAACGGUAUUCGAAAAAUAUUUUCAAGAGUUCCGUCGUUGAAAAUGCUAUCGCGAAAGAUUCUCAUAAAAGAUAUUCAAUCUGGUGCACAUGACUCUGUCGAAGAUGCAAGAGCCACCAUGAAUAUAUACAAACAUUUUCAAGCGGAGUGGGAGGAAUGCAUAACAAUAUAUGGAAUUGAAGCGACGUCCCGUGAAAUUCCAACGUGUUUUCGUUGUAGUUCCCGACUGCAUUUUAAAAACAAUUGUCCUAUUUAA